CAACUUUUAAGAGUGGUGGUACCGGCCCCAAUUGUUUCAUACGUCAGCAGUUGUCGACUGGCUGUGUUUGUGGGUGGACGUGUGUGUAGUCCUGCUCCUUGAUGACACAAACUAGCUCUUUUUUUUUUAAUUAAGAUGCAACGAUUGGGUUUCGAGUUAGUUCUGGUGGUGGUCAUUGGUGUGGUUGGGACACCCACUCCUGCACCACCAUCCGACCCUCGCUCGGCCCUCGGAUCUCCCUCGGCCGUCAGGUCUCCCUCGGCAGUCAGGUCUCCCUCGGCCGUCAGGUCUCCCUCGGCCGUCAGGUCUCCCUCGGCCGUCAGGUCUCCCUCGGCCGUCAGGUCUCCCUCGGCCGUCAGGUCUCCUUGGGACCUCGGGUCUCCCUCGGCCGGGGCCCCACCGCAAAGUUCCGCGCCUGCUCCUACACCGGCUGGAACACGCACAGCUUUCACAGUCAGGAGAGCGAAAAGUUCAAGCCUCUCAGCACCUACCAGGUUACAGUUCCAGGAAGUACUAACUAACUCGGGUGGAGGAUGGAAACAGGAUUCCAGUGAAUUUGUGGCCCCUAUAAGCGGAGGAUAUUUCUUCACCUUCCACGCCAUCGGCGGAGUGGUUAACGACUUCACGCUGGCGCUAAUCAAGAACAGAUUAUACCAGGCGACUGCUUACGGAACUCUGAUCCGCUACGAGCAUGGGGCUAAUUCUGUGUUUCUGGAGCUCGAACGUGGAGAUACCGUGUAUUUGGAGCUCCAGCAAGGCCGCAUCUACGAGCAACGUUCUACUGAAACAUACACCACCUUUUCCGGCUUCCUUCUCUUUGCCUAUUAAGUCUCUCGUUCCACCCAUAAAUAUAUAAAUAAAUGUAAAAAAUAU